AAUAAUUACUUUAUUAUUAUUAAUAUUUUGGGUUUCUUAUGAAUAUGAAUGAAUUUGUUAUUUUAUUGUGAAAUGUAUCAUUCAUGUUCUGAAUUAUAAUAAAUAAAAUUCAGGGAAAUGUUUUGAAAAUGCAUACAUUUUUUGAGACUUCAAUUUUGUCAAAUAGUUUUGAAAUGAUACUUCACUUGGAAAGCAAAUAUUGCUUUUUGUAAACAUGAAUACAAUAUGAGCCGUCGAAAAAAAAAGGAAUUUUAUGAAAUCAAACAUAAUGUACUUCCAUAUCUCAUAUAUACUACUCUUCAUUUUUGGGGGCUUAAUUGGAGUAUCUUUGACCUUUGAAGAUUAUUUGGAAUCGCCUUUAUGUUGUAAUUUCACCUCUGAAAGUGUCAAUUUGGAAUACUCAUCACAAUUAAUCGAAAAUGAAUACAUUGUGAUGUUCAACAACUACUAUAAACAUAAUGCUCGAGCAAAUUAUAUCAAUUCUGCCUUGAAUUUAUCUGGUAUUGAAAAAUGGAAAAUUAUUGAGAGAGAAAAUCCUGCCAGUGACUAUCCCAGUGAUUUUGAUGUCAUAAUAAUCCAUGAAAAUGAUCGGAAAGAUGGAUUGAAAGCUCUAAAUUCACAUCCUCUCAUUAAGAGAGUAACCCCACAAAGAAUGGUAACAAGAACACUCAAGUUCAUUAAUGAAGAUAAUAUUUGGAAGGGCAGAAGAAGUCUCAAUUUAAAAAACCAAUUUUGGCAAUCAACUGGACGUCAUACAAGUAGACGAUUAUUGAGAGCUGUUCCAAGACAAAUCACUUCAGUUUUAAUGGCAGAUACUUUAUGGAAUAUGGGUAUAACUGGUAAAGGUAUUAAAGUAGCCAUUUUUGAUACAGGAUUAUCUAAAACACAUCCACAUUUCCGAAAAAUAAAAGAGAGAACAAAUUGGACAAAUGAAAAAACUUUCGAUGAUGGUAUAGGUCAUGGUACUUUUGUAGCUGGUGUUAUUGCUUCAAGUAAAGAAUGCCUUGGAUUUGCUCCAGAUUCUGAACUCCACAUAUUCCGAGUUUUCACUAACAAUCAAGUUUCAUAUACUUCUUGGUUUCUUGAUGCCUUUAAUUAUGCCAUUUUAAAGAAAAUGAAUGUUUUGAAUUUGAGUAUUGGUGGACCGGAUUUCAAAGAUCAUCCAUUUGUAGACAAAGUUUGGGAACUCACCGCAAACCGUAUAAUAAUGGUUUCAGCCAUAGGUAAUGAUGGACCUCUUUAUGGAACUCUAAACAACCCAGCAGAUCAAAUGGAUGUUAUUGGAGUGGGUGGAAUCAAUUUUGAAGAUCAAAUUGCGAAAUUUUCUUCUCGUGGCAUGACAACGUGGGAACUUCCAAAUGGUUAUGGAAGAGUCAAGCCUGAUAUUGUAACUUAUGGAUCGGGGGUGAGAGGAUCUAAUAUUAAAGGAGGUUGUCGGGUACUAUCAGGUACUAGUGUGGCUUCACCUGUUGUUGCUGGAGCUGUGACAUUAUUGGCUAGUGGAGUACUUCAUAAAGGAAAUGAUAUUAAUCCAGCGAGUAUGAAACAGGCUCUUAUGGCAUCUGCUAGAAGAUUACCUGGUGUCAAUAUGUUCGAACAAGGACAGGGCAAAUUGAAUCUGGUGAAAGCUUAUCAAAUUUUGAAUAAUUAUAAACCUCAAGCCAGCCUGAGUCCUAGUUAUAUAGAUUUGAGUGAGUGUCCUUAUAUGUGGCCGUAUUGCACUCAGCCUCUUUACUACGGAGCUAUGCCAGUUAUUGUAAAUAUUACCAUAUUGAAUGGAUUAGGGGUUUCAGGAUAUAUUGCCGAUAAACCUCAAUGGUUUUCAUACACUCCUCAGCAAGGAAAUUUAUUGGAAGUAUCAAUUUCUUAUUCGGAAAUAUUAUGGCCUUGGUCCGGAUGGUUAGCAGUUAGCUUAAGUGUAGCUCCUAGUGGAUCUACCUACGAAGGAAUAGCUAAUGGUCACAUUUCCUUAACUGUCGAAUCUCCAGCAGGGUCAGGUGAAGUAGAACCUAGAAGAAGCACCGUAACGUUACCAAUAAAAGCAAAAAUUAUCCCUACUCCUCCUAGGCACAAAAGAAUAUUGUGGGAUCAAUAUCAUAAUCUACGUUAUCCUCCAGGUUAUUUCCCAAGAGACAAUUUGAAAGUGAAAAACGAUCCUUUAGAUUGGAAUGGAGACCAUAUUCACACUAAUUUCAAAGAUAUGUAUCAAAAUUUGAGAAAUUCUGGUUACUAUAUUGAGGUACUAGGAGCCCCCUUCACAUGUUUUGCAGCUUCUCAAUAUGGUACUCUUCUCAUUGUUGAUCCGGAGGAAGAAUUCUAUCCAGAAGAGAUAUCAAAGCUGAAAAGAGAUGUAGAUAGUGGACUUUCUGUGAUAAUUUUCGCAGAUUGGUACAAUACGACUAUAAUGAAAAAAGUCAAGUUCUAUGAUGAAAAUACUAGGCAGUGGUGGAUGCCAGAUACUGGUGGUGCUAACGUACCUGCUCUAAAUGAUUUGUUGGCUGCUUGGGGUAUAGCCUUAGGAGACAGAGUGUUUGAAGGCGACUUCAAAUUGAACAACCACGAAAUGUAUUAUGCCUCAGGAACUAGCAUAUCGAAAUUUCCAAGGAAUGGUUUGGUGAUAUCCAGAAAACUAAGUGAUCAAGGUAUGCAUAUGCUAGGUGAAAUAACCAAUGAAAAAUUUGAAGUACCAGUACUCGGUUUACUUCAAACCAAAACUACAAACUCGAGUGGUCGUAUAAUAGUUUAUGGAGAUUCUAACUGCAUCGACACAAGUCACAUCGAAAAAAGUUGUUAUUGGAUGUUAGACGCUAUUCUAGAAUAUACUUCAUCAGGCCAUUUACCCUCAGUGUUUUCCAACAAUCAUGAAGAUAAUUGGGACUUUAAAGUUGACACUGAUGUACCCACACGCAUGCCAGGAAAUAGACUCAAUAGAUUCUCUAAAGUUCUGGAAGGAAAUCUCGGAGAAUCCCAAACGAAACCCUUACCGCAAUGUCCCCAUUUAAUAUGGAGUCAACCAAUUCCUCUCAACGUGACAGCUCCUCCUAAUUUGUAUCAAAGUCAGAAAUUGUUGAGUUUAGUUGAGGAAGGAAUAGGUCAAUUAGGAAUUGAAAACACCGUUAGAGAUGUAUCAGUUGAGGAUAGUAAUAGUCAGUCAAAUGUAUGGAGGUGGCGUAACAAACCCAUGGAAGAUGUUAAUAUGGGUAGUGACAAAUUUGGCUUUACUAUUAGUGUAUUACUAUUAAUGAUAUUAAUUUUUUUGUAUUUUAUUUUCAAACAUAGAACAAAACCAAAGAAACGAAAAUUGUGCAAAAAGUUAAUGAACUUAAUUACUUAUAGGAGGGUAUCUUCUGUUUAAUUUUUUUUUUCGAUAUUUAUUUUAUGUUAUGCUAAGUUAUUUUAGGGGUUGUAUUUAUUUAGAAUAAUUUUGUAAUAUAUUUAUAUGAUAUUUUCUAUUCAUAACUUUUUUAUUAAUUUAAUAAUGAUACUAAUUUCAAAAAAUGGCUUUUGCUAGUUUUAUAAUUAAAUUAUAGUCUAAAUUCCUAUUCAAUUAAUUUGAAAAUGGAAUGGGAAACUAUGUUAAUCAACCACUUGUGAUAUAUUAUUGUAUAUAAUUGUUUACACAAUAAAACAAAUGUUCAAAAA